CCUGCAGUCAUUUCGUCUGCAGAAGAAGAAGCGUUACCCACUGCGCAUGCGUGUGGUAUCCAACAUGUCUGCGCCCUUCAGAAGUGAGUCAUCCAGUCAGACCUGCUUCCACGAUGGCGUACAGAAGAGCCGUAAACCUUCUUAGGAGAGGAACGCAGUGUGUCUCUAGUCUGUGGGUUCCUCCUUUUCAAAAACCACCAAACCUCAUCAGACAAACGUUCCUCAAACACGCCAACAAUCACUGCGGCAGAACCACAAGAACCGUUCACACCGGCACGCCUCUGAUGGUGGCCAGGCUGCUGUCGGUGGACGAGCUCUUUGCCAAGAGGUCCCUGCAGGAGUACCUGGAGAAGAUGGAGACGGAGUACAGUGAGUGUUUGAACGCGGCCAACAGCGGCGUGACGGAGGAGCAGAGCAGUGAGGAGGAGCUGAGGGCCAAGAGGACCAGAGUGACCCUGCUGGCUCCUCUCAUCCAGAGCAUCAGGGAGCUGGACAACAAACAGAGAGAGAUGGCCGAGAACGAGACGCUGCUGAGAGAUGAAGAUCCGGCCCUCCGAGAACUGGCGGAGCUGGAACAUGAAGGAUGUCUGCAAGAUAUUCAAGACCUCAGACAAAGGAUCCUGGACCUGCUGCUCCCGGAGGAGGAGGCAGAUCUGAGCGACCUGGUCCUGGAGGUGACAGCCGGGGUCGGAGGUCAGGAGGCCAUGCUGUUCACUGAUGAGGUGUUCGACAUGUAUCAAGGCUACGCUCAGCACCACGGCUGGUCCUUCGACAUCCUGGAGCACAUGACCAGCGAAAUAGGUGGACUGCGUCACGCCUCGGCCAGCAUCAGCGGCCCUCAGAGCUACAAGAGGAUGAAGUUUGAGGCCGGAGUCCAUCGGGUUCAGAGGGUUCCCCGGACUGAGAAACAGAGCAGGAUGCACACCAGCACCAUGACGGUGGCCGUGCUGCCCCAACCCACUGAGAUCUCUUUCACGAUAAACUCCAAGGACCUGAGGAUAGAAACCAAGAGAGCGAGUGGAGCCGGAGGUCAACACGUCAACACCACAGACAGUGCAGUCCGAAUCCUCCAUCUGCCCACAGGCGUGGUGGCUGAGUGCCAGCAGGAACGCUCCCAAAUAAAGAACAAGGAGAAAGCCAUGAAGGCUCUGAGAGCAAAACUCUACAGCAGGAAGCUGGAGGAGGAGACGAGCAGACGCUACAACCAGCGUAAAGUACAGAUUGGCACCAAAGGCAGAUCAGAGAAGAUUCGCACCUACAACUUCGCCCAGGACCGCAUCACGGACCACCGCAUCGGCAUGACGGUGCACGACGUCCGGAGCUUCCUGCUGGGGGAAGACCUGAUGGACCAGAUGAACUCCUCUCUGCAGGAGUUCUCCUACCAGGAGGCGCUGGAGGAGCUGCUGGGAGAGAACGACCAGGACGGCUCGUGAGUCCGGAUCAGAGGAGUUAGAGACUGUGUUAUUGGGAAUUUCUACUCUGAUUCAAUUUCUGCAACAAAAACUGAAGAAAAGGUCCAUGAUGGAUUAAAAGAGGGACCAAGUCUUAAUCAUGAACUGUUGUUCAUUUGCAUGUCGAGGUAUGAAUGAUGUGAACGCUGGUCCUACCUGAU